CCAUUAACCAAUGUCAUGGGGAUGUAGCUCAGAUGGUAGAGCGCUCGCUUAGCAUGCGAGAGGUACGGGGAUCGAUACCCCGCAUCUCCACUUGUUCUUUUUAUUUUUAAUCAGUUUUUGUUUGAAAAGUCGAAAAGAUAAAAAGUGGGGUAGUCCGAGCUCAAUCAUCUUCCGACAACAACAACAAAGCUCACCUAAGCCUUGAACACCGUAUUCCGAUCACUUAAGUAUUGUACUUUGAGCGAAGAAUCUUCUUGUCUUUUGUCUCUUUAUAAAGUUUUUGUCUCUUCGUCCUGUUUCUGAACAAACACAAACAAAAAAAAAGGAAGAAGAAGAUGGAAGCAAAGUACGAUCGUGCUACCGAGGUAAAAGCUUUCGACGAAAUGAAACUCGGAGUGAAAGGUCUCGUCGACGCCGGAAUCUCAGAGAUCCCCCGUAUCUUCCACCACCCUCAUCUCACUUCAACGGCUCCAACUCCAGUACUGCUUCCCUCCUCAACGAUGAAGAUCCCAACGAUCGAUCUUGGAGGUGGCGUGUUCGACUCCACGGUCACGCGAGAUCGCGUGAUCUUGAAGAUCAAAGAAGCGGUGGAGAGAUACGGGUUCUUCCAGGCGAUAAACCAUGGGAUUCCGGUUGAAGUUAUGGACAAGAUGAAAGAUAGGGUUUGUGGGUUUCAUGAACAAGACUCAGACGUGAGAAAGAAGCUCUAUACCCGGGAUAACACCAAGAAGGUUACUUAUAAUAGUAACUUCGAUCUCUAUAGCUCUCCAUCUGCCAACUGGAGAGAUACUUUAAGUUGUUUCAUGUCCCCUGAUGUUCCAAGGAGAGAGGACUUGCCAGAGAUUUGUGGGGAGAUCAUGUUGGAGUAUUCAAAGCGAGUGAUGGAGUUAGGGGAGCUAAUCUUUGAGCUUUUAUCAGAAGCUUUAGGGCUGGAUCCUAACCAUUUGAAAGAAAUGGAUUGCACAAAGGGUUUGUUAAUGCUCUCUCAUUACUACCCGCCUUGUCCUGAGCCUGACCUAACGUUCGGAACAAGUCAGCAUUCAGACAGAUCUUUUCUCACUGUUCUUCUUCAAGACAACAUCGGUGGGCUUCAAGUUCUUCAGGAUGGAUGUUGGGUGGAUGUUCCUCCUGUUCCUGGAGCUCUUCUCAUCAACCUUGGAGAUUUCUUACAGCUUUUAACGAAUGACAAGUUUUUGAGCGUGGAGCAUAGGGUUUUGGCUAACAGAGGUGAGCCUCGUGUUUCGGUAGCAUCUUUCUUUGUGCAUCCUUUGCCGAGUUUUCGAGUAUAUGGACCGAUGAAAGAGCUUUUGUCUGAACAAAAUCCUCCCAAGUAUAGAGACACUACCGUCACUGAGUACACGAGACAUUACAUGGCCAGAGGGCUUGAUGGGAACUCUGUGUUGCAUCAAUUCAAGAUCUGAUCAAAGCUUUGGACUUACGUAUCCGAAGUCUUCUCGGCUAUUUCAGAUCAGUAUGUAGCAUGCUGAAACAAAUACACCUGCCUCGGCCAGGACUUCCAAUUGAAACGAGGAGCUUGGACAGGUAGCUAUGAUGAUUCCAUCUCGCAUAUUCCCAUGCAAGAUUUUGUUGCUUGUAUGAUAUACAUAUCCUUUUUGUUGGUAGUAUUUUGAUUGUUUCUAGAUCAUUUGUCAAACGUAAGAUUGUAUAUAUAAUGUUUUAAAGACGAGAUUAUUAGUGAAUAUAUAAUGUUUUAUCAUGAA